AAGGAGAGCCACCCGCAACAUUUUACAUAAAAAAAGAAAAUACACAUGGUUUCCCUAUCCUUUGGGAUUUAUGAAUGUACCACUAGCUGAGCCAGAGUGUAUCUGGAAAAGUGCAACUCCUCCUUUAUUUUCAAUAUCCAUAUCAAUAUUAUUAGAAAAAUGAAGGCAAUUGAAAUAUACUCCUCUGGCGCCUUAGCUUCCGUAUCUCGAUCGUCUAUUUUCAAAAACAAGAAGAUAGCUUCUCCGAGCCUGAGUUUUGGUAGAACGAAAAUCAGAGCAGUUGGUACUGUUCCAGAAAAGACAAGUGUUGUAGCACCACAGGAAGAUGAAGAAGCUGCUUCUGUGAAAUUUGCAUUUGUCAGCUCAGUAUUACUACCAGAUGGGACACCAGACGUGCAGCUUCGCAAAGCUUGUGGUGGUCAAAAACUUAGAGACAUAAUGUUGGAUGCUAAUGUGGAGUUAUAUGGACCUUAUGCGAGACCUUUGCUUAAUUGUGGAGGAGGAGGAACUUGUGGGACAUGUUUGGUUGAGGUUGUUGAAGGAAAGGAGCUACUAAACCCUCGUACUGACAAGGAGAACAAUCACGAAGAUUUAAAACGGCAUCCAAAGAAUUGGAGGCUAGCUUGCCAGACAAUAGUUGGUAAACCUGAUUCUAUAGGCAUGAUGGUCAUUCAACAACUUCCUGAAUGGAAAGCACACGAAUGGAAUUACAGAGGAUUACCGCCUAUUCAAGAAGAAGAAGAAAAAGAAUAAGCAUCAAUAGAUACUUAUCUUUAUCCUGAGAUGACGUUUAUCUUGCUUUACAGCAUUAUGUGACAAUUUAUUCAUAGCCUAAUAAUAGUGGAAGAAUGACAAUCUGCUCUUAAUUGCUUUUGCGUUCAAUGAA